AUGUUCACAGAGGGUUUGGAUGAAACCGCAAUCCAAUGGAUCAAUCGGGGAUCACAUGUAAAACUUGAAGAUCUUCACAAUCCAAACACACGUGCUCCUUUAGCAGAGAAAUUACCCCUUCCAAGAUCAUCUCUUUCUGCCACAGUUUCCAGUAAUCUCACUCCAAAGUCUCCAUCUUUGCCUCCUUUGAAGUUCCAUUCUUCUUUGCUACCAACGCGUAACCUCGCAUUCGGAUUUAGUGAUCGCCAUGUUGGUCAUGAUCGUGAUGGGAGUGUAAGUGAUGAUGAUGAAAGUGUGGCAUCAUUGUCUUGUCCGACUGUUGAGAGUGAUGAUGAGGAUGGUGCAGAUGAAGAAAGGGUUCUUGAUUGUUUGAAUACUCCGAUUGCACAGUGUUAUGAUGAGGAUCGAUUGUUUGGAUUUGGUAGUGGGACAAAAGUUAAUAAAUCUUUAAAACCUAGUGGAAUUUUGAGGAAAGGUUUGGUUAAUGAAAAUAUAACUAUUCAAGUUCCUAAUUGUGUUAGUGCUAGGAGAUUUACUGAUGGAGAAUUGGGUUUCAACAAAUGUGUUCAAAAGCAAAUGACUCCGUGUGGAAGUGGGAGUGGAAGCGGAGGAGGAAAUGUUCGGUUUCAAAGUAUGAGUUAUUUGAAUGAUCCUGUUGAUUUGGCUACUCCGAGUGCUCCUCCUAUUUUUAGUGGUGAAGUUGAUCUUCCUUAUUCAGAAGGCUCUGUGACGAAUGAAGUGGAUGAAACGACUCAGCCGACUCAGACGCAGAGGUCGUCUUGGACUUCAAAAGAUUCUGUGAAUUGUGAUGAUGGAGGAAGGAGUGAGUGUUCAAUCGAACAGAAAUUUAAUAAUGUUGCUGAAAGACGGGAAACAACUUCUACAGGAGACAUAGAAAGGCAGUCUCUUCCACACUUGCAAUAUCUCAACAACAGGCAUCUCAGCAGUUGCAAUAGUCAACAUGCCUGGCAAACCCUUAUCACUUAUGACGCCUGCAUUCGUCUAUGCCUGCAAGCAUGGGCAAGAGGCUGUGCUGAGGCCCCAGAGUUUCUUAAAGAUGAGUGUAUGGCUCUUCGAAGUGCCUUUGGAUUGCACGAGUUCUUGUUGCAACCUCGAGGUAUAAAGCCAACUGAAGGAUGUACAAGGAAUUCAGAACAAACAGUACCGCUCAAGACUAAGAAGGUUGUAGGGAAAAUAAGAGUGGAAGUAAAGAAACUUCGUAUUAUACAAAGACGAAAACUAAAGGGCACAUUUUCAAACCGAGGGUCAAUGUAUAAGCAAGCUGGAAUGGAGUAUGUCCGGCAAGUUUCAUCCCUUGUGAAAAGUGGUAUAAAUUCUAUGAAGUCAUCAUCAUUCUCAGGGACAACAGAAGAGCCACUGUAUUGUUUGAUCCAACUCAAGAGUGUGACAGAAGAAAAUGAUGCAUCAGAGCCGUGUUCUGCAAUUUUUCUUCGACCUGGAAGUGGAGAUUAUCAUGAUUUUUUCCCCUUAAGCCAAGGGGAUGCCUUACUCGUAGAAGUCCAAGAUUCUAAGAAGGCAAUCCAUGGUGAAGCAAGAAUUCCAAUUUCAUACCUCAAUGAUAAUCCUAAUGACAAAAUUCGGUGGUGGCCAAUAAAUCAUGAUGACAAUGAAUGUGUUGGCAAGAUCCAGCUCUCCAUUGGAAGUACAAUGAAAAGUGAUGACAACAAUCAUAUAAAGAGUGGUCCUGUCGUGGAAACUCAAGCUUAUGAUAUAUUGUUGGAGGGUGCGAUGCAUGCACAGCGUUUCCACUCCCGAAACUUGCGGCUAAAUGGGCCAUGGAAAUGGUUGUUAGAUGCAUUUGCGGACUAUUAUGGAGUUUCUAAUUCAUAUUCUAAAUUGAGAUUUCUAUUACAGGUGAUGAAUGUGGCAACUCCAACCAAGGACUGCCUAGAGCUUGUGAAAGAGUUGCUUGAUCCCUUAAUGAAGGCCAGAAGUGAGAGGAGUCUGACCAGGCAAGAGAGAAGUAUACUUUUGGAUUGUCAAACUCAAAUUGAAAGACUACUAGCGACUGUUUUCGAGAAUUACAAAUCUCUCGAUGAAAACUUGCCAACGGGUCUAACCGAUCAUUUUGGUCCAGCAUCUGAUUCUGCAGCACCAGCUCUACGUCCUGCUUUACAGGUCUUCAGUAGUCUUCAUGAUAUACUAUCUCCAGAUGCUCAAGCUAUUCUGCAGAAAUAUUUGCAGACCGCAGCAAGAAAAAGGUGUAGAAAACACAUGAUGGAGACCGAUGAAUUUAUGUCGGGUGCUCCUGAAAGUUACCCAAUGGACACUGUUACUAUCUCAACGGCAUACCUGAAAAUGAAAAAUCUUUGUAUUUCUAUAAGGAAUGAAAUUCAGGCAGACAUAAAGAUCAACGGCCAUAAUACAAUCCACGGUCAACAUAUUUUUCCCAGUUCAAUUGACCUGGCAAACAUUACAGCAGCCAUAUACAGCACAGAACUGUGUAAAAGGCUAAGAACUUUCCUUUCUGCAUGGCCACCAUCAAGUCCACAGGCACAUGUAAAUGAGCUUCUAGUGGCAACUGCUGACUUUGAACGAGAUCUCGAGUCAUGGAAUAUAAGUUCUGUGCAGGGAGGUGUAGACUCCAGAAAUCUGUUCCACAAUUACAUCAUGGUUUGGAUACAGGAUAUGCAACUUAAUUUGCUUGAUCUUUGUAAAGCAGAAAAGGUCCCAUGGGCUGGAGUAACAACAAACCAUUCCACCUCUCCAUUUGCUGAGAAAAUGUAUGAGGACAUUAAAGACAACCUAAUCCAGUAUGAAGUAGUAAUCAAUAGAUGGCCUCAAUACUCAUUGUAUUUGGAAAAUGCUGUUGCAAAUAUUGAAAGGGCGAUUGUAAAAUCACUUGAAAAACAAUAUAGCGACAUCUUAACUCCUUUGAAAGAUAGCAUACCAAAGAGACUUCACUUGCAAGUUCAAAAGCUAGCAAGAAGACAAUCGGCUACUGUUCCAUUAAUUCCUAACCAAUUAGGAAUAUUUUUGAACACCGUCAAGAGGAUUCUUGAUGUCCUUCAUUGUAGAGUGGAAGACAUCCUAAAUUCAUGGGCAUCCUGUCUACCUGUCAUGGGAGACAAGAAAUUGUUUGGAGAGCAAAUGAACGGAAUAACCGUGCUAUUGAGAACCAGAUACAAAACUUAUUUGCAAGCAAUAAUAGGGAAUAUUGUCAACAAUGUUCAAGGUAAUAAGAGCACGCGGCUGAAAAAGAUGCUUGAGGAAACAAGAGAAUCAGAUGGAGAAGCAGACGUUCGUGAGAGAAUGCAGUUGUUGAAUUCACAACUCAUUGACUUCAUCUCCAACCUUCAUGAGGUGUUUACCAGCCAAAUUUUCAUAGCAAUAUGUCGUGGUUUAUGGGAUAGAAUGGGACAGAUCAUUUUGAAAUUUCUAGAAGGGAGGAAAGAAAAUAGAAUAUGGUACAACGGAUCAUGCUACGCUCUCGGGAUAUUGGAUGACACAUUUGCUUCCCAGAUGCAAAGGUUAAGAGGAAAUGCAUUGCAAGAGAAAGAUAUUGAGCCUCCUCGCUCAGUGAGUGAAGCCAGAUCUAUCCUUUGCAAAGACACAACAAAUGCAACUGACCCAUCUACAUACUUUUACAUUUAG